AGUUUAAAGAGAGAGAGAGAGAGAGAGAGAGAGAGAGAGCAGCAGCGCAGCCUCGUUCACAAGCACCUGCAAACAGCCUCUCUCUCUCUCUCAUCAUCACCACCAUUUCCAAAAGCAAAAGCAAAAGCGAAAGGAGAAACAAAGAAAGAAAGAAACCCCCCAAAGAGAGUUAGAGAGAGAAAGAGGGAAAGUCUGAGCAUAGAGAGAGAGAGAGAGAAAGAAGAAAACAAGAGAGAAGAAGAAAGAAGAAGGGGGUUUGAAGAAUGGCAAUGAUGCAGACGCAGAAAACACUGGAAAACCAGCAGUCGCUGAUGCAAGUCGGUCAGAUUUCGGGCAGCUUGAGUUUCAACGGGACCUUGUCCAAGGAAGACGAGGAGAUGUCCAAAUCUGCGCUCUCAACUUUUAGGGCAAAGGAAGAGGAGAUUGAGAAGAAGAAGAUGGAAGUUAAGGAGAAAGUUCAAGCUCAGCUCGGCCGUAUUGAGGAAGAAACCAAGCGCUUGGCCACCAUUCGCGAGGAAUUGGAAGGAUUGUCCGAUCCGAUGAGGAAGGAAGUCUCGGUUGUUCGUAAGAAGAUCGAUUCGGUUAACAAGGAGUUAAAACCACUUGGCCUCACUUGCCAGAAGAAGGAGAAAGAAUACAAAGAUGCUCUUGAAGCUUUCAAUGACAAGAACAAAGAAAAAGUACAACUCAUCACUAGAUUGAUGGAGCUGGUGAGCGAAAGCGAGAGGUUGAGGAUGAAGAAACUGGAGGAGCUGAGCAAGAACAUAGAAACGAUACGCAUGCCAUAAGUUCUUCGAUUUGGAAUCGUGUGAUGUAUUUAAGAAACAAAAAAAACGGGCGUUUCUAUUUAUAUAUAAUGGGUGUUUUCUUUCUUUUUUUUUUUUUUUUUCGGGUUUGGUUGUAUUUUUCAGUUUGUUGAAUUAGCAGUUGAUGGAAGGCUUUUCUAAUUGUAGGAAGAUUAAUUAUCUCUUUAAAAACAGGUUUGUAACUAAAACAGGUUCUCAAAGUAUGUAUUCUUCCAAGUUAUUAUUAUUAUUAUUAUUUUUAUUUAAUUUGUUUUUUG